UGUAGCUGGGCCUUCGACAAUGCAUCACAUUUCAGCUAUUAACAAUUCUCCACAGACUUCCCCAUAUGUUUCUUCGCGGACGCCGACACCCACAAAUAUUUCUCCACAGAUACUCAAUUCUAUCAAUGUUCUUUCACAAACCUCAACAUCUACAAAUCAUUUUCCAUCAACUGAAAGCAAACUAUCCACACAAAGACAUGGUUCAAAACGAAAACAAUCAUCACAAGAUGAUGCCUAUCAAACAGCUUUAAUAGAAGCUCUGAAAGAGCCAUCAACGCAAGAGAUUGAUCCACUGGACGGAUUUCUUGUCCGCUUGGGAGAAGGCAUGCGGAAACUACCAUACCGAGACAGAGCACGAUUAGAAAUACAAUUUUUGACAUCACUUUUUGAAAUGGAAAAUAGUUGCUUCAAUCGAGAUUUUGACAAAUCAACGUAA